GGCCGCGAGGUGCUUUCCAGCCGCGAGCUGUCAGGCCGAGUGUCAGGCCGGGCAGGUACGCGGCGCGCUCCCCCGGCGCCCCCCUCCCCCUGCCGGGACGCCCCGCACCGAGCCUGAGGCCGCGUGGACCAGAAAGCCGCUCGGAAAAGCUUGCCAGAGGUCCGGCCUAGCUCCUAGACACCAUGUCAGACAGUGAUCUAGGCGAGGACGAAGGCCUCCUCUCUCUGGCGGGCAAGAGGAAGCGCAGGGGGAACCUGCCCAAGGAGUCUGUGAAGAUCCUCCGGGACUGGCUGUACCUGCACCGCUACAAUGCCUACCCCUCCGAGCAGGAGAAGCUGAGCCUUUCUGGACAGACCAACCUGUCAGUGCUGCAGAUAUGUAACUGGUUCAUCAAUGCCCGGCGGCGGCUUCUCCCAGACAUGCUUCGGAAGGACGGCAAAGACCCUAAUCAGUUCACCAUUUCCCGUCGCGGGGGUAAGGCCUCAGAGGUGGCCCUCCCCCGUGGCAGCAGCCCCUCAGCGUUGGCUCUGUCUGUACCAGCCCCUGCCAAUGUGCUGUCCUUGUCUGUGUGCUCCAUGCCACUCCACUCAGGCCAGGGGGAAAAGCCAGCAGCCCCCUUCCCACAGGGGGAGCUGGAGCCCUCCAAACCCCUGGUGACCCCUGGUAGCACCCUCACUCUGCUGACCAGGGCUGAGGCCGGAAGCCCCACAGGUGGACUCUUCAACACACCUCCACCCACACCCCCAGAGCAGGACAAAGAGGACUUCAGCAGCUUCCAGCUGCUGGUGGAGGUGGCGCUACAGAGGGCUGCUGAGAUGGAGCUUCAGAAGCAGCAGGACCCAUCACUCCCGCUACUGCACACUCCCAUCCCAUUAGUCUCUGAAAACCCCAAGUAGGCAUCUGCCAGCAGGGGUGCUCGAGGCUUGAGCCAGCUGUCCUGGGUUUCCGUUUUGGUUCCCUUCCAUACAGAGGGUUUUCUAUGGAUCACUGCCAAACAUCAGGAUCAUCUCCUCUGUCCAGAGGUCUUCAGCAGGAAGAUGCCAGCUGGCGUCACUGCACUGUGAUGGGGGACCUCUCCUAUGCUAAUUCUGCCGUUUCCCCAGGCCUCCCUUCAGUGGUGAGACCAAGAGAUUGGAGACAGGCAUGGUGCUGCUGUUGCUGCUUCUCCAGAGGACCCCUGGGACACCUUUCUUCCAGCCUGCUCUCCUGGGCUGGGCUCAGGAACCUUGCCAGGUUCAGACCUAUGCUGGGUCCAAGCUGCCCCUGAGCUGUGCCUCUUUCUGUCAAACCAGGUGUGGACAUUCCAAGUUCAUAAGCAUGAACAAAAGAAAAGAGGAGCCCAGCAGAUGUAACAGGACCGACUCCAGUUGAAUGUUUAGAUUUUUGCUAAACUGUUUAUUUUUCCCUUUUUGCUGUGGUUUGCAUCAAUGGCAGUAGUUAGCCCAGGUUGUGGGAAUGAGAAUGCCUUGCGUGAUGGAGUCUGAUGAACUAGGAAUGACCCGCCACUACAGUUGGGAGUGUUUUGCAAGGAAGGAGUAUUUUUAUUUUGGGGACCAGCUAAAUCUCUGCAGUAGUGUGAAAUUCCAAGUGGUUGUUGUAUUGUUGGUUUGGUUUACCAAAAAAAGACAGAAAAAAAGAAAAAGAAAAAAACUUGUGGGCGUUGGCUUUUCUGCAUCAGGCACAGAGGGGAUAAAGCCAUAGCCAAGAGAUAGUCCAACAGAAUCUGACUAAACCUUCCAGGUACAGAGCAGAGAAAAAUGAUAAAACCAGAGAGGUGUUUGGUUUUUUUGUUUUACUUACUGUAUUUUUUGGGGGGCGGGGAAGUAAGCUAGACUGAAGCAGUGGAUAUUUUUUUCUUUUUUUCUUUAACGUUUUCCCCUUCUUUAUUCUUGAUGGCUUUUGCCCUGCAGCCUGAGUUUUGAAUUCCUAAAGGAACUUAAAGAUUAGUGGAGCCAGAAUAUCAAAAUCUCUUGGCAUCUCCAACUUGGAGAGAAGUGAGCCAUCUACUGGUCACGAAGGCCUUCUAGCUGACUGGCACAGGCGGCUUCCCCUCAAGGUGGCAGGAAACUGUUCCUGGAGGAAGCAGGGAAUAGUGCCCGAAGCUGCCCGAGGAACUUCCUUCAGAGGCAGCUGGGGCUCAACAUGGGUUAAAAGCCUGUUAUUUGUGUCUUUGUUUCACCUUUCUUUAGAUUGGGGUUGUAGGGGCCCUACCCUGAACUUGCCAGUGAAACCAAUCACGGAUGGUCUUAUAGGCACGAGCCACCAGGUGGGCCCCACAGUUGGUUUAUGCUCCUCCCUUGCCCCCAUUUUUCUUUUGCUGUUUCAUUGUUGACAGUGUCAACAGCAAUAUGCCCCAUCGUUAUAUAUCCUACGAAACACUAAUCCUAGGUUAUUAUUAGCCGAAAUAUUUUUGUUCUGAAUAACAUUGUUACUGGGCCAAAAGAUAGGUCAGGAGCCCCAGCCUUUAGUUUCCUGAAAUUGCUAGGUUAGGCACAAGGAGGGGUUCCUGGCUAUUGUCUGACUUAGGUGGGCCUGGCCAGGAGAAAGGCAGCAGCACUCAUUCUGUCCUUUCUGGGAAGACCCCUGAAGCCCUCAGGGAGGCUCCCCCUCUUCUGAGCGGCUUGGCCCAUCUGUUGCUGUGGGAGUGAGCAAGUUUCCUGGGCUCUCUGGCCUCUUCCUCCUGUGCCUGCUCCUGGUGUGCCCAGGGGGUUCAGGGAUCCUCACCCUCCUGAGGCCCAGCUGGGGAAGAAUGAACAUGGCAGUGUCAAGGUUGAAGCUGCUGUUUGCCCAGCCUCUUCCAUCCUGAGCGUGUCUGUGAGCCCAGUCUGGAGUGACUGCUGCGGGAUGCCCGUAGUAGGAACUCUGGAAGUGUACUGGGCUGGGGUGGGUCUUCCCUCCCCACAGUGCACUGAGCAACGGAGGGGGUGAGGGAGCCGUGCUGCUGAAUUCUGGCUGGCAUCCCCCCUAGUGUAAAAUGGGGUGUCAGGGUGGGGCAGCCUCACUUGGUUUUGGUUGUAAGAUAAACUGGAGGAGAAGCACAGUUGUCCCAUUGAAUUAUUUGAGAAAAAACUACUGUAAAUAACUUGUUUUUGUCUUUUGUCAAAUAAAGUUGUUUUUGUUCUCUUUUUAAGCAAA